CACGCGAGAGCUCUGAAUCGGCCGGCCGGCGUCGGUGGUCGAGGAACGUGCUGCAGCCACGCUGCCUUGCGCCAGCGGUGCGGUGUGGUCAGGAGCGUCACCGCGUGCGCGGGGGGACCGCCGAGACGAGAAAAGCCAAGCAGUGUUGCGUGUAUUCGCUCCCCGUACGGGAGGCUACGUUCGCUCGCCGCUUCGGUGGGACACGGCCUGCGGUGUGUGAUACCGGCCGCUGUCUUCUGGAACCGGACCGGCACCUUCAUCGACGACGCUGCUCGAGACGGUUGAAGUGCGCGUGUGGAGAACAAAAUCUUUUUUUUUUCGGUUCUUGUGCUCGGUAACGGCGGGUGUUUUCCUUUUCGGUGUUGGGCAACUGUGCGCCCUUGGGAUUACCGCACACACGGCUGCGUCUGAACGCCGACUGCCGGCUUGGAAAGCCCGCUCCGCGGGUUGAGAGGCGGUGACGACUACGUCGCGUUUUCUUGCUGCCAAGGAGAGUCCUGACAACGCAGUCUCGGCGUCCUUCUCUCGUGCUGGUGUCUACCCACUUUGACUAAAAGACUUACGGGCUAGCUGGUGGCAGCGGCGCAUUCGAGAGCCACACUACGAGCCGCGGACGGGGGGGUUCAGCGAGCAAGCCAUGGGUCCGAGCCCGUUCCUAGAAGGAGACGCCGGAGGGCGACAGCUGUGGCGGCAGCCCUGAGGUCUUCCGUCGCCCGAGGCCCCACCGCUGAACAAGGCGAAGCCUUCAGCGUUUAAAGGCGCCCGGCCUCGUUCCACUGCCACCAUCUGCGGGCCUUAUUCCCACAGAGGGCUCCUACUUUUUCCCGUUCGCCCGAGCCAUCCUCCAAAGACACAACGAGAUGCGUUUCUUCAAGCGACACUCUCCGGAACCUCCCGAGCUGGUGCGCCUGUGUCGGCUGCCUCCGGAAGAAGUUGACUCUCUCCUCCACCGCCAUCACCACCACCAUGACGGGGGAGGAGAAAGAGGGCAGCCGGCGGCUUUCGCGAUGCCAGCGCCGCUUGUCCACCGCGCGGCGGUUUCGAGAAGCGCCAGUCCGACGGCGACUCUCGUGCGGCUCCGGCAACAGCGGCGAGAGUGCUGCUGCGGCUCGGCCAAAGAGGCGAUGGCGCUCAGUUCGGAAACGCGUGGUGCCGGCGGUCCCGUGGAUGUUGUUUCCCCGGCGUCGACGGUGCCGCGGUGCUGCUUCGUCGAGGCGACCGGCGCGGCCAGGACCGCGACGCCGCCCGGAUCGGCAAAGCUGAAGAGGGCAGGGUUCGCCUUCAGCCGCGUGGGCCGCAAGACGUGCGUGGGCCCGCACAAGUACUCGCUUCCCUUGACGCCGAUGUCGCUGUCCGCGGCCGGGGAGCGUCCCUGCCUGGUCGAGUGGCCGCAGCGGCUGGCCACGUUCGCCCAGCCGCUUCGGCUGCCGGUGAUGGACCUCCUGUCGUCGCGGGAAGCCUCGCGGAGCGUCGAGUGCCUCCAGGACAGACGGGACGCCAGCUUCUACCAGGAGUGUGCACAGAAUGCGACCGAACACCAGCAGCGGUCUUCGCACGAGCGCUCUUCCGGUCCAGUGGUGCGCAAGACGUCUUCCCGCAUGUACCGCAGCCGUUCCACGUCGGCACUGGUCAUCGAGGCGUCGCUGCACGACACGGACGUGAUGGACCACGACGAGCUGGACGCCGCGGUGUUGAGUGUGGCCCACCCGGGCGGCCGGUACACUCGCGACUGCUUCGACGAGGCGGCAGUCAUCGGCGGUGUGCCUGGUUGCAAGGAUCUUCCCUGCUCUGAGGAGGGCGGCUGUGCCAGCAGCGGUAGCAGCACGCGAAGCGGUGGCGGUCCGCCCACACCGCCGCUCGAGGAAGACGUGGGUGCUCACGGCGCUGGCGACACGGCCAGCCUGGCGAGCUCCACGCAGCAUCGCUCGGACGAGUCCGGCUACGAGAGCGAUGGCACCAAAAACGGCGGAGAGGACAGCCCCAACGAGGACGCGCUCGCUGCGGCCAUCGCCGCUACCACCACUGGCAUGGCAACGGUGGCGCACUACCAGCAGCAUGGGCAGAGGCGGAUGACUCAAGCCAACGGGACCGUGCAGUCUCCACGCAUCGUCGGCACAGAGCCCACGAGUCAUCCCUUCAAAACUGACGUCACGUCUGCGACCCCCCGCGCAGUGACGGGGGCGGCGGCCACCGCAGCCACGACGCCGUCCACGGCGCCGACGCAGCGCCGUGCGUCUUCCCAGGAAGGCUCCAACGUGCAGCGGCUCGCAGCCGCGCUCUUACACAGGAUCUCCCUACAGUCUCCUGGUGCCGCAUUCAAGGGAACCGAUGCGUCCAGGCAGGACAAGUCCAGGCUUGAGUCUUCGAAGCAGGACCACAACGGAACGCCGUACGACUGCAAGAGCCUGCGCUGCAAGACGCAAGCACUGUUCUCCGUCCUCCGGAGGGGCGACAGCUCUCAGAACGCAACCACACCAAACAGUAGCAUUAACAACAGCGACAGCAGCAGCAGCAGCCGAGACGCGGCCGAGUCCAGCCCGCGCUCGGAGAGGUCCACGCCUACAAACUCCGGCAGUUCCAAGCUGGAGCAGUUUCGCGCCUGGACGCUGGACCGCAAGCUGUUGCGCAACCGCUGGAAAAAGUCCUCCUCCACGCCCCCAGAUGGUCGCAGCUGUUCCUCGUUCGAGUCUCCCUUACUUUCCAGGGCGUGCUCGCAAGAACCGCCGUCGCACAGUGAAGUGGACAGUCCCCACUUGCACACUUCGACGCUCAAGAGUGCCGCGUCCUGGACUAGCGUGUGUGUUGCCAACAACGACUCCGCGAAGGACAGCGGCAAGGAAUGUCGGCUGGGUCGCGCAAGUCUCGGGGACCUGGGGUGCCGCAGUGUCGGCGACGUGUGCGGCGCUGGAGACCUGGGACCGCGCACGUCGAGCACCAACGACCUGCGGCGGCGUCUCUGGCUGGAGGCGCAUCUGGAAGGGGCUCCGACGCGGCAGCAUCGGGCGAGUGAUGCUUCCGUGCGCAGCGCGCCCGACGGGGCGCGGGUACUGGCCGUGCGCUUGGCCAAGGACUCGAGGGGAGAGCUGGGCGUGUACAUCAAGGGCAAGUGCGGUCCCGACGGCGCAGUGCUCGGCUACGUAGUCGCCGACUUGGAGCAGGAUGGACCAGCGGCCAGGAGCGGGCAGCUCCGUAAGGGCGACGAGCUCUUGGUCAUCAACGGUCAUCAGGUCCAAGGCGUGGAAAUCGAAGAGGCACGUCAGCUUCUUGCCACACCGGACCAGGUUGUGCACCUGUUGGUUGCCCGUCAGGAGGAAGGCGAGGAAGAUUACAGCGAAGACCCGCUGUCUUCGUCGCCCACCGGAGCUUCCCGACUCGCUGAGCCCCACCGAGUUCCGGCCGAGCGGAGGGCCAGCAUCUCGCACCCCGGCGCAGCCGCCAACUACAACACCAUUCCAGAGGUCUCUGAGGAGAGCGAGAAAGAAAGCCAGGCGACGCCCCAGUACAGCAGCGGCGUGUUGUGCACGCUGCCGCGCCGACCGCGUCACCGGGACACUGGCUCCGCGGGCGGGGCGGCGGGAGUCUCUAGCGGCAGCGAGCUACUCACCGUCACGUUCGUCAAAGGCCCCGGCCGGGGCGCCCUGGGCUUCAGCGUUGUAGGCGGCCGUGACUCGCCCCGCGGGGCCUUGGGUAUCUACGUGCGGCGCCUCUUCCCCGGGGGCCAAGCCGAGGGCCUGCUCCGCGAGGGUGACCAGCUGCUCUCACUCAAUGGCGAGCCCUUCGAGGGCCUGUCACACGCUGAAGCCAUCGCCGCGUUCAAGCGCGUCCGCCAGGGCGAGCUUGUGCUCAGGGUGGCCCGUAGGCCCCCAAAGAAUUCACAAGUGUCCAAGUCCUGUUGUAACCUGGAUAGCAUGACAUAGAGAAGACACAAGGUUUUGCGAGCAUUAACCAGAGUCUCACAACAUCUAGUCUGCCUGGACAGUUGCAUCUGUGAUACCAUAUGUGAACGAUUACAGCCCUACUCAUCAUCUCCCAGAUUCAAGAAAGUUUUGUACAAUAGCUUCCCAUUGAAUGUCAGUUUGUGUGCCUUACAAUACCAAUAUGUGCUGCUACUAAGUUUGUUCAUUGUGCUUGCGAACUGAUGCUAUAUUAAAGUUAAUUCGUUGCCUCCCUGAA